GCUGUGGCCCAUGUUUUGGGUGUCUUCCAUUAGCUCCCAGUUUCCAUAUUCCAUUUGUUCAAGCUCUUCAUGUUACAGAGUGAUAUACAGUAGUUCAGGGGCGGACUGACAACUCAUGGGGCCCCCGGGCAAUAGGGGAUCAUGGGGCCCCUGUGCCCUUGCCCAAACUCAAAAAAAGCCCAUGAAAAAGGUACCAGGGGCAUCUCAUGGGGCCCCCUACUGAACCCGGGCCCUCGGGCAGUGCCCGAGUUUCCAAAUGGUCCGUCCGCCCCUGCAGUAGUU